AUGCAUGGGUUCUCCACGAUUUACGGAGAAAAAUCUGAUGGAUCGCAUUUCCACUCGCUCUAUAAACGCAACGAGGAGACACCAUUUUUGAAGCAAGUAGUAACAGGGAGUGAAAAAUGGAUCAUUUACAAUAAUGUUGAACGAAAAAGAUCUUGGGAAAAGCGGAAUGAAUUACCUUUAGCCACCCCAAAAGUCGGUCUUCAUCCAAAAAAGGUCAUGCUCUGCGUGACAUCUGGUGAUUGGAAAGGGAUCCUGUAUUAUGAGCUUUUACCAAACAAUGAGACGAUAAAUUCAGAGAAUGUGAAGUUUGCGUUUACUGGUGGUCCAUACUUAUAUAGUCAAAGAGUUUCCCUCUGUUUAUAUUGUGUCUAUGGUUAUCUAUUAUGGUGUAUUAUGAUAAAAAAUAUGAAGCUUCUUACGCACAAUAUGUUAACAUCUAGAGCUAUGAAAGGGGUGACAGUCGGUUAUCCUUUGAAAAUAAUCGCUCGAGACAUCAGAGUAUCCGAAGUAGAUUUUAAUCCAGAAUAUAUCGCUAGGAUAAUUCCAAAAUUGGAUUGGACAGUGCUAUGGAAAGCUGCCGAGAGUAUAGGACAUGUCGGUGAAUUACCUCAGAUUCUAAUAGAGGACUUCGAGACAAAUGAAGAUUUUCUGAAAAAGGCUCAUCAUAUUCUGUUAGAAGUCGAAGUUAUAAACGGAGAUUUAUUGUGUCCCGAAUCCGGCAGAAAAUUUCCUAUCAACGAUGGCAUUCCAAAUAUGCUUUUAAACGAAGAUGAAAUUUAAAUAACAGAACCAAAUAUUUUAAGAAUAUUAUUAUUGCCAUUGUAUCUCUAGUUAUCCUAUAUCAUUGUUCCUUUAAUUACUUAAUAUUAUACACACAUUCACACAC